UCAUUUCAGAAAGUAGGAAUUUGUGUUCGCUAUGCAUACGGCUCUCCCCCUUGCACCCUUAAAAACAGAAACAAAAGUAACCCAGCUCGUUCCCCGAUUUUCAUUUCCUCCUCCAUUUAACUUGCUCUUUGUCCCUAACCAGAAAGGCGAGAGGUAAAAAAGAGGAAAAAUCUAAGAAGCAUCCGUGUUAGAUUCUUUCGCUUUUAGACACAAAGCCAGCUGACAGUUUUAGAGCGUGAUCAAGUUUCUAUGGAGGAUGAUACUUGGAGCUUUGGUUUCUCAGCUUCAUCAAGGAGCUACCAGUCCACUCUUAAAUCCCAAAGUGCAGAUCUUUGUAUUGAUUUUGAAGAGAUUGAAGAAGACGAUGAAUUGAAGACAGAAUACCCCUGCCCGUAUUGUUCUGAGGAUUUUGAUUUACUUGGAUUGUGCUGCCAUAUUGAUGAGGAGCAUCAUCUUGAAGCUGGCUAUGGGGUAUGUCCUGUUUGUGGUCUGAGGGUAGGGAUGAACAUGGUUGACCACAUAACAACACAGCAUGGGAAUAUUUUCAAGAGUAACCACAAAUUAAAAUUUUGUAAAGGCGACUCUUAUGCAACUCUUUCUUCCUCGAGAAAGGAGUUGCCCAAUGCGCAUUAUCAAUCUCUUCUUUCCAGGUCAUGGUCUUCAAUUUCUUCCUCCAAUACAGCACCUGAUCCAUUGCUUUCAUUUCUUUCCUAUGUACCUCCAGCUGAUUCAUCUGAAAGCGUAAAGUCUGCCUCUUCUACUGAAGUGACCUUGGAAGAAAAAUGCUCAGAUGAGAAAAUGUUAGAAAAAUUUUUCCCCUUCACCGAAUGCGAGUUCAUGAUAAUCUUAUGGUGGACAGAGAUGCUCAAUCAUCCCCCUUGUCAGAUGUGGAGCACUUGGAGAAGGCGAAGAGGUGCGAGUUUGUACAAGGACUAUUGUUAUCCACCAUCUUUGAUGGUGACUUAUGAACAAGACAGCACAGAAUUGAUGGUCCUCUACUUCAAAUUUUAACAAAUUUGCCAUCAUCCGUGUUUCUUGUGUUGAACGAACAUGCCGAUCGUUUAACAGAGAAAGCUAGGAUAGAUUCAAGAAUGUAAUGUAAUUUAUUUGGCAGGGCAAUCUUAUCAAUUAGGCCACAACAGAGUUAAAACUCUUGUAUUUUUGCUGUCGUUAAAGCAUUAGUGCAUAACGUCAAUAUCAGCUCUGUUUACUUCCUUUUCCAUCCUUAAAUUGGCUAGUUUAUCUGAAUUUAAAGCUUCGUAGGCACUAACAAAUGUAAGCAGUGUUCAGUAAAGGCGAACAAAUUCUUGAUGUUGACUGAACACAUGGAGUACGGACAUGUUGGAAUGUAUUAACAGCUAAAGCCAUUUUAAUAAGAUUCUUGUGUGUGUUAAUGUGCUAAA